GGUUGUGUCCAGAUGUGUAAUCUGCAAGAAAUUUAAAGCAAAGGCUGGACAGCAGACUACCGCGCCACUGCCGAGAGACAGGAUAAUAGAGUCACCGCCAUUUGAGAUCACUGGUGUGGACUUCGCAGGGCCACUCUAUGUCAAGACACAGAACGUUAUGACAAAGGUGUAUAUAGCACUGUUUACUUGCGCUGUAACAAGAGCAGUGCACUUAUAGCUGGUCUCAGAUAUGUGCACAGAGAACUUCCUGUUAGCGUUGAAAAGAUUCAUCUCAAGAAGAGGAUUAUGCAAGGUGAUUUAUUCAGAUAAUGCCAAGACGUUCAAGAGAGCUGAUCAAGAUUUGAAGGAGCUCUGGAAAGGCAUUAAAGAUCCACGGCUACGGGAGUUCUUCUCAGAGAAAGGCAUCACCUGGCGGUUCAUCGCUGAAAGAGCAGCCUGGUGGGGCGGAUUCUGGGAGCGGUUGGUUAGGUCAGUCAAGGUUAUUCUCAGAAAGGUGCUAGGCAGAGCUAAACUCAACUUUGAAGAAAUGUGCACCAUUCUGACUGAAGCUGAAGCCAUAAUAAACUCGAGGCCUCUCACCUAUGUGCACAAUGAGGUGGAUGAGCCAGAGCCACUGACACCUGCUCAUUUCUUGGUGGGUCAGAGACUGACCUGUUUGCCUCCUAAGCCAUGUGCAGUUGAGACUAACCAUCCAACAGCGAACAAGGAGGAGAUGAACAGAAGGUGGCGUUACAGACAAAGACUUAUGAAUAACAUCUGGAACCGAUGGCGGAGAGAGUAUUUGCUGAAUCUGAAGUCGGCUCAUCGCUGCGACACCCCACAAUCUUCUUUGCUGAAAGUCGGAGAUGUUGCGCUCAUCGGAGAAGAUAAUACCCCAAGACAGAGCUGGAGGCUAGGAAGAAUUGAGGAACUGUUUCCAGGUCGUGAUGGCCUUGUGAGGUCAUGUGCAGUUCGCACAAGUUCAGGGACUGUUCUGCGGAGACCCAUCCAGCUUUUGUAUCCUUUGGAAAUCAUAUAAACUGUGGUUUAUGGGGGGGAGGAUGUUGAGAAAAAGUUGUUAGAAAACUAUUUAAAAUAAUAGUUACGAAGGUUAAGAUUGAUAAGUUAAAAUUUAGUAAGUUAACAUUUAAUACACAACAUUUAGAUUAACAGUUCAUGUUACAGAUACAUAUAUGUGGUUAAAACAUUGUGUCAUUUUGAUUUGUGAAUUGACUUCAUUACCCAGGAUGCAUUGAGCAAUGGUAAAGGUCAUGUGAUUCACGGGGGGGUUUGUGAAUGGUUCUGGUGAAUUCUACAACGGCCAUCUUGUGAACGAUUUGCUGAGCAAGCACACGCUGUA